AUGCUUCGACCUGCUCGAAAAGAGGACGUGCUUGCUUUUGAAAGUGCUUGCCGAAGAGGUGAAAUAGGAAUAGUCAAAGAGUUAUUGGAAUCGACGAUCGAGGAAGAUCGGAAGACAAGGAUAUGUGGAUGUGAACGUUCAAGAUACAAAAGUAAGAUCAAUAGAAGUAUCCUAAUAUUAAUAAUUAUUAUUGUUCAGAAUACAUUAUUACAUGUCGCUUGUAUCAAGGGAAAUUUGGAAGCCGUUUCUUUGCUUUUAGAACAUCAUUGUGACACGAAUUUGCAAGAUAUUACUGGAAAAACCGCAUGUGACCUUGCAGAACAUAGAGGACAUUUCGAAUUAUUACAUGUCAUUCGAGGAAAGGACUAUGCCAAGAAAUUGCAUCGUUCCUUACAGAAACAUCUUCACAGAUUGACACCAUUGACUGAUAUUUUCUUUCAAACGGUGGAAUAA